AUUAUUGCUUUUUAGAUACAUUUCUCAGCCGAUUGUGUUCCAACUUCCUGCUUUGUUACCUUGUUUUCUUACCAUUUAUUUGAAUUUGACGAAGUUCUUGAUGUCACAAAAGCGACCGGCCAACAAAAGUGAUAGCGAAUUCUGCCCACAAAAAGCAAAUGGCUGUAGGAAUGAACCAGAAAGUCAACAAUCCUCAACACAUCACCUAUUGCAUCGAAAAUAAGGCCACCCUCACUUUUCCUGCUUUUUGUGAGAAAUUCGAUUUGUUCAGAAGGGACUACGCUUAUUCGCGGUAUAAGAACAUUAUAUCCAAGUAUAUACCGGAUGAUUGCGAUAGGCUGACAAAGGAAUUCAAUUUAUGGAAAAGUUCCUUCGCAAGCAAACAGUUUUGGUUACAGAAAACACGAUUGGUGACGGAUCUUGACGCACAUCUCAGCAGUGCCGAAUACGUGCAAAAAGUUAUUCAACAAGAAAUUCAAGUCUUGCCUGAUGUCAAUUGCUCGACAUCCGUUCGCGUUUCCAGCCAUGAUACAACACAUCGCUCGACGUCACCAUCAAUUGAUGAUAACACCACUUCUAUUACCUCGAAUUCUGAUAAUCAAGAGACUAAUGACUGGCAAGAGUCUGCGAAUACGCCUGUACUGGCAGAUUCUGUUUUAAAUUCUAACUGCUUCGUUGCCACUGAUAAUGAGAAUUCCACCGAUGACUCGGCUUCUGCGGAUAUGACAAGACAUAAUGACGCUGAUCUCCUAGAUCUGCCUGGACAUCAGACAUCAUCGACACUGCUUUCUCAUGCAAAUGCUUCAGCUGAAUGAAUGUUCAAAAGCACAAACAUCUCGACAUUAUUCAUGACAUUUAUUUUUUGGUUACAGACAUUCAAUUUUCUCAAAGUGACAAAAUUUA